UCCCUAAUCUUUGAGACGGGCUUCCCUCAUUCAUGCCGCAGUGAUAAACAGCAGUGUUUGGAUCAACCACGAGAGAGAGAGAGAGAGCCAGCCAGACCUGACCGAGUUAGUGGGCCAUAGCUGUGUCUGCAGGAAAUAAAAGCCGGGCGACAAAUAACCAUGGAUUCGACGAUCGUUCUUCUCGUCGCCUUUCUGCUGGCGAGUGCGAGAAUCUGCGGCGGAGAGGAAGACUGGGUCUGCGAAGCACCCUGCAAGUGCAAAUGGGUCUCAGGGAAGAAAUCGGCUGAGUGUAUCCAGCUGAAUCUGACCACCGUCCCGAACUGGCUGUCAUCGGAGAUCCAGAUCCUCGACAUGACGGGAAACGCGCUUGGCAGCCUGCGUCGAGACGCCUUCCACGACGUGAAGCUCGACAAUCUGCAGAAAUUGUUGCUACGCGAUUGCGGGAUAGAGACGCUUGACGCGGGAGCGUUCAACGGUCUGAAAAUCGUGAUCGAGAUCGAUUUGUCACACAACAAGAUCAAGGUCCUGCACCCUAGGACCUUUGGAGAGACCGACAAGCUCAGGAUGCUGAUUCUUAACACGAACCUGAUCCAGCGGCUCGAGAGCGGUGUUUUCGUAAACAACACCUUCCUCCAGACGAUCGACUUGUCGAAUAACCGGCUCGAGCGCAUCGGGCAACACCCGUUCGUCAACCAACCCAAGCUCCACACGAUCGCCCUUAACGGCAACAAGCUGACCCACCUGAGGAAGCAGAUGUUCGAGAACCUCCCGAAACUCACAAGUCUCGGGGUGCACGGGAAUCCGUGGAAGUGUGACUGCCACCUCAAAGAGUUCCGCGACUGGCUGACGAACACCUCUUUCUAUACCGAUCCAACGACCUGCGCCCAGCCUCCGAACCUCGUCGGGAGAACUUGGCCCAGGAUAAAGAGCGACGAAUUUGCCUGCCGCCCCAGCAUCCUCCACGUCGGCCCUGCCCCCCUCGUCGAAAUCGGACCCGGCGACGUCACCCUGGUCUGCAACGUCUCGGGCAUCCCACUGCCGAAGAUCACGUGGUGGCUACGCCAGCAAGAGCUCAGUAAUUUGAAGCGACGCUACUUUGCGGAGACGAAGAGCUACGUCCUGACGGAGGCCGGGAGCUGGCUCAACCUGACGAUCCCGAAAGCGACGCACGCCGACUCGGGAGAGUACGAGUGUCACGCCGUCAGCCCGGGUGGCUCGGAGAAGAGAAACGUGACGCUGAUCGUCCUGAGCAACGUCGCGGGGAGCAACGGCUCCGGGGUCAGCCUGAAUCUCGCCCUGGGCCUCGGGCUGACCGCCCUCCUGGUCCUGAUCCUCCUGACCCUCGUGCUCUGCGCGUGCUACUGCCGUCGGAGACGGUCUCGACGGGACGAGAAGAGCCCCGAGGCGAACGCCAUCGAGCACAACGGGGACCCGACGAAGUCCCUGAUAACCGCGAUCAACCCCGUGGUCAAACCACCCCGUAGGUACGAGGCCGCGCCGUCUGUGACCUCCCAUGGAACCGAGACGACGGAGCUGAACCAAAUCCUCCUGGACAGCGAAUCAGUAUUCGCUGGAGGUGUCGGAGACGACGACAGGGAACACUCGACGCCGGAACUCGAUCAGGGAUCGACCUUACCGAGAGGCACGACCUACCGGCAGUACCCUCCAGACCUCCUCGCCUUCUCGGGGGGCCGCGGGGCCUCGCCGACCAGCCAGGCUUCCACCGCCCCCGACAGUUCGCGGCUACCCUCGCAGCCCGGAAACUUCAGUCCGACCGGAACCGGCGCCGCUUAUCCGCCUGGGUUCAAGACGCUACCGCACAACCGCAGCGCCGCCCCCUACAGCUCAGGGCCCCCAGUGCUUCCGCGGCACGGGUACGUCACGAUACCCAGACGGCCCCGCGCCCCCAGCUGGAGCAGCGCGCCGCCGACGUCGCCCGACGGCCUCGAACCCGUAUACGAUAACCUGGGCCUGCGCACCACCGCCGACGGCAGCUCAGUCCUCUCCCUUAACAAGAGUCCGGAACCCUCGGGAAUGCGGGGGCGGCCUCUCCCGGGCACACCGACGGCACACUUUCAUCCGGCGAUACAGCGAAGCACGCCGAACAUCCUCGCCACCAGCCCCACCGACAGGGCCGCCCCUGAGGGUGCCCCCGAGUGGCCCCCAAAGUUGGCCGACGAGAUGGACGUGCCCUUCCUUGCCGGCGGCACCCUCGGGCGCAAGGUUCCACCCCGGCCGCCCCCCAAGCCCAAGAAGAAAUCCGCCAACGGGCCGCUCUACGAGGACGAGGGCGAGGACGGGACCGAGGUAUGAGGGUGGCGCCGCGACGACGCACGGCCGACGCCGCGAGCCCUUAGGAACCUCAGGAUCGUCUCGUGCCGUCAAUCCUUCUAACCGGUAGUGCCUUUACGCAACCUUGUAAUUUAAACGAUCUGUGUGCGUGUGCGUGCGCGAUUAUUAUUCGUCGUUCAAUCGCUGUACUUUAUUCUAAUAUUAUUAUUAUUAUUAU